CCUCUACAACUGUUAUGUAUUCUUUGUGACUGUGUCAGUUUCGAGAGUUCAGCUGUUAAAGAUUUUUCUUUAACUUUAGUAUAUUUAAUUUCGAUGUUUAUUCGAUCACUUCGUAUUUUAUUCGAUGAAUCGUUUUUUUCACUAAGAAAAUAACGAAGCUUCAUCAUGGUGCUUAACGAAGUUGGCAAAUUCCUUCUUGAAUUGGAGAAAGCCGAAUUAGAGGCACCUGCUGGAGUUGCUACUGCACAAACUUAUGCUCAACUAUUGGCUAUGUAUCUUUAUCAAAAUGAUUUAUGCAACGCUAAAUGUUUGUGGAAACGAAUACCAUCUAAUCUGAAGGAAGCUAAUUCAGAAUUGGGCCGAAUAUGGGCGGUAGGAAAACACAUGUGGCAACGGGACUGGCCCGCGGUGCACGUUGCUCUCAACGCGGAUUGGAGCGAGGACGUUUCCGGGAUCAUGACUGUUCUGAAAGAUAGCGUUCGCGAGCAAGCGAUGACGCUUAUCUCCAAGGCUUACUCGUCGUUAGGUUUAACGGUGCUAGCAUCGAUGACGGGUCUUGCAUUGGAAGAUGCACAACAGGCAGCUAUAGAAAGGGGUUGGAGUAUAGAUGGAACGAUGGUUCAGCCAGUUAAAGUCGACAAGGAUCAAACCAUCUUCAACAACGAGACCUGCCUGACUGAGGAUCAAUUGAAAAAGCUCACGCAAUUUGUCUCCUUCUUGGAAAAUUAACCGAGUGCUGAACUUUUAAUGUGGAAUAAAGAGGAUCGAUACUUUCGGUACUCUAAGCCUUUAGCUUUUACAGCAUAAUCGUAUUACAUAAACGAGGAAGUGCGCGUCAAAGGAACACACAGAACACGCGUCUGAAUAUCUCCGUACUUCUUCAUCCUUUAGAAAUAUUAUGUCACCGUUAUAUAUCUACCCACGUUGUCGAUGUUCGUUCGAUCGGAAAGAUGUGCCAUGGUGUCGGACGUACGAGAAAGCUAUUUGAGUUUGAUCUCGUUCGAUCGAUCAUCGUUCACGAUAUAUAGUGUGACACUACUUAUUUCAUACAAAAAUUGACUCUCGAGUGGUACUUUUUUGUUUUCUUCUUCUUCUUAUUCUUCUUUCUUUAGUUAAUAUAUCUUAUUAGUUGAAAAAAAAA